UUGGCAGGAUCCCUAUUUCGCAUUUUUCCUGCAGAGCUCAGCAGUUGCGGCGGACGAGUCUCCAACUUGUGGUACAAUCAUUAUAAGAACUUUGAGCUCUGUCUAAAUAGAGCAGCGAAUGGUGUGGUGUCGUGUAGUGUCAGGUAGUGUUUAAAUUGUGAGCAAAGUAGCACGUUGCUUUUAAAGGGCGCAGGUGUAAACAAAGAAAUACACGUUCCUUGCAAGACUGAUUGUUUGUUGAUAAACAGUGACCAGUGGAUGGUUUAGAGGCGCAACAAUAGAGUUUUUCGCCCUGAAUCGAAUGAUCGCCAUUUGAGAAGCAUGGCUGGAUCAUGGAUUUAGCCGAAGCUGUUGAUGACCUGAUCUGCGCAUUGGACGGAUCCGUCGACACCACCAUGGACACGCUGGCCAUGUUCCUCUUCGGCUGGAUUCUGGCCGCCCUCUUCAUUCUAUGGCUGGGCAAGGCCAUCUACGAGCGCUUCUUCGCCGGCAAGGCGAAGAGCAAAGCAGCGGGUGCGCUGAGCAAGACUGAGUCCAGUCCGGAUGUUCUGGACGGUGCAAAAAAACAACCGGUCAUCGCUCCGAAAGCUACGGGUGCUUUUGUUCCGCCUACUCCUCCUGUGCGCAGACGCUUAACACGGCAAAGCCCGGCGCCCGAGACGCGAAAACCCCGCUAUGUGCCUGCGCCCCAAGCAACAGGUCCGGACAAUAUUGUGGUGUUGUGGGUGAACGAUGUUUUCCAGUGGUUGUACAACGAUUUCGUUAUCGUUAAUGAGCUGCUCCAGGUUUGGAUCCAGGCUCUCAAUAACUAUACCAAGAAAUCGGUUAGUGAGCAGGGCAUUGGUGUGGAACUGGUAAGAAUCCUGCCUGAGACUCAUCCACCAACAGUGACCAACAUUUUCGCGGAAGCAGAUUCCAAAGACGAUGUGACAAUAACCUGUGAUUUGGAAGUGACCCCAGCCUUCCAAUUGAAAUCAUUCCGACAGAAGGGGGAAAAAGUGGAUACGUCCCACUACCGAGUCAAUGUGAACCGAUUCCGAGCGCGUCUGCAUAUAUUUUGCGUCUCAGAAAAAUUGCAGGCCGAUGUGAAAUGCGACGGAUGGCCAGAGGUCAAGGUAGCCCUAGCCCCCGUCGGGAACAUCAAGAAUAACUUGGACGAAACGCAACUGCAAGAAGUAAUCACCGAAAUUGUGACGAACGCCUUGCGAAGCACAGAAGUUCAUCUCAAUCUCUCUGCUUACCCCACAUGCCCCCGAUUGAUCCGACAUGUGGAAACGCCUGGGCGGAUGCUGCCUCUCCAUUACGACAGCAUGCAGGCAAAUGCCUAUUCAUCCACUCCAAACCACAUGACGCCAGGCGAUCUGCAACUGCAAGGAGAGAAGCGACUUCUAGUGAAAGUGAUACGAGCCGCCCAAUUGGGCGGCCACCAUGGCUGUGCCGAUCCGUUUUGCGUCGUCGAAAUGGACGAACCCCCGCAGAAGAACCAGACUUCUGUGAAGAAAAACACCGAUUCGCCCUUUUGGGACGAACACUUCUUAUUCGAUCUGUCGCCUCACACGGCGGAGCUUCUAUUUGAAAUUUACGACUGCGCUGCCAAGCCCCACAAGUUCUUGGGGUUGGGGAUAGUUGGAGUGGAAGAGCUGCUGAUCAACCCGUCCCAAAGGCAGAUUAUUACCCUGCAAAGUCGACCCUAUGAGAGCGACACUGUAACCGGGACCCUCACAGUUGAGUUCAUGUUCAUCGAGGGCGCCGAUAUCCCCAACGUGGGCAGCAAUCAGCCCUAUAAAAUCAAGGAGACCAUCAGAACCACCUCUCCAGGGCCGGGAAUGCGAACCCCGUCGCCUAAUAGGGCCAGAUUGACCACAGCAACCACCACCUUCCUUAAUGAAUCAAUGACAAAUGGAAAUCACAUUGUGAACUCCGCGCUGAGCGAUCUGGACAGGAACAGGCAGCGUCUGAGCCCGAACAAAAGCACUUUGGUCAUCCACAGCGUCCAAAGGCAGCCGUCGCAACGCCUCGUCAAGAUGGAACUGGAAAACGGCACCUGGAAGGAGGUGGAGCGUCUGGAAAUCAAUCCCAGCCAGGACUUGAUCGAUGCGGAAGUGCAGAAUGUUCACAUUGAUCUGGACGCUGCCGCUGACCUAUUUGAAGGUGGGCCCAAUGCGGGCUCCAAUGGGACAAACGGUGGUUUAGUGACUAACUCUGGCGCUAAUGGGGCUUUGAACGGCGACGCAUCUCUGCAGGAUAGCGUAAUUGACUUAGAAUCCUCAAAGCCAGGCGACUUUUCGGCUUCGGGCACACUCCAGUCGCAACCAACCGAGUACGAUUUCAGAGGACGGCCGAGAAAACGCCGGGACUUUUUCGGCACGAUCAAAAGAAGACUGGGCAAAUCGAAGAACAGAUCGAAAUCGGCUGGACCUGAAAACGACGUUGGUCGGGACGACAGCUUGAACCGAUCGGUCUCGGCCGAUCGAGGGAAAAACCAGGACGAUCAUAAAUUCGGAACCAUUUCUAGGCUACACCUUGAGUAUUGCAACGAUUACCGCCUGAACCCGCCCGGCCGUGAGGAAACAUCGAGAAGAUCGAGCUUAUCGGAAGCGUCCGGGCUGAGCAGCGCCUCCACUCGAACCUACAUCAAUGAAGCCAGUACUUUGGUGCUGGAAACGAUAGAGAAUGGCAUCAAGAAGCACUAUCUGGUACCGCUGUCUCUGGCACAAAAGUCGAAAUGGAAGAAAAAGGGGGUGAAGCUGCACAUUUUUAACGACCACACGUUUGUUGCCAAACAUUUACAAGGUGGCACAAUUUGUCAAGUGUGCGCUAAAAGUAUAGCGAGGAGAUUUGGGAAACAGGGCUACGAGUGCAGGGACUGUUUCCUAAAGUGCCACAAACAGUGCCACGUUCGGGUGAACGAUAAUUGCCCCACAUCGACCAUUCACAAUAUUGAAUUAAACUACAUACACAAUCCCUAUACAGACAAGAAUCUGUCCCUGCUGUAAGGAGCCAAGGAUUCGCGCCACCAAACAUCUUAUUAGGUGGAUGUUGCCAUAAAGCCAGUUUCACAUUGCGUUACUGAUAGACUAAUAGAUUUUGGGAAACCACCGACAAAAUCUACUUAAUUAUUCCAAGCCCAUGCUGUUGCGCCUUGCACAUACUUCUAAGUUGAAACUGGCCAUACUCUAACCAGUAAAGCACAAUUAUUUAAAUUCAAGCUUUAUAUCCUACAUAUUUACCUGUGGUUGUUUUCAUUUUUGCCUUUGUUUGUAUAGAUCUGAUUUUAUUAAUUUAUUGUCCUCCAAUUUUGUAUAUAGUUGGCCAGGUUAUUAACCUGAUAUCGUUUUAUUUUUUUAUAUAUUUAGAUCUAAAACUGUUAUCUAUAUUUUGUUAACUAUACUUAAAAACUUUGUAUUGAACUGUUAGACGAAAUGCUUGGCACAAAUAUUAAAUCUCUAAUUGUUUUUCUAUGCAUAAUCUAGGCUGGGGCUUGCCUUGAAAACAUCAAAUAAAAUCGCUUUCACUUUCUCAUUGAUUAUAUUCUCUCAAGUAGCAAAUUGGUUGUCAAUAUGUUUUCAACGGCAGCCUUGCAGAAUCUCGGUGAUUAAGGGUUUUCUCUUUAUUUCGAAAUGGUGUAAGUUGCAGUCGAAAAUACUGAACUGAAUUUUGCGACGAGCAAAUAAAAAGUUAAUAAAGA